CUUACGACAUCCAGAAGUCAUGUAUGAUGGAGUCCUACUAGUUUAAUCACUCUCGUGGCACAACAUGGCGACCAAGGCCAAUUUCAAAACCACAUUCGAGGUUGCGAAAACCGUCGAGCCAAUCUACACUGGAGGAGAUGUAUCUUCUAACUGUAGCGGCAAUCUCAUCGCAAGUUGCGUCGACGAGGAUGUUUUGGUAUUUGAUACAACGAACGGCAAAGUUUUGUGCAGAAUUGAAGGAGAUGGAGAAGCUGUCACCAGUCUCUGUUUGGCACCUGAUGCCUUGCACUUGGUUGUAUGCUCAAGAUCACUUUCCAUGAGCAUCUUCUCUCUUGUUCCAGACGACGAAGCUCAGACACUCACCACCAAACUGUUGCGAACUUUGAAGCCCCAUAACACUCCUGUUGUCUCUUCGGCCAUCGACACGACAGGUGCGUUAUUGUCCACUGGUGGUGCUGACGGUACCGUCAAAGUAUGGGAUAUCCGAGGCGGAUACGUGUCACACACCUUUCAUGGACAUGGCGGAGUCGUCUCUGCCCUUAAAUUCUUUGCUCUGCAGUCGAGCAAUGCGACAGAUCGAGCUAUCAGUAGCUCAAGCCGGAAGCGAAAGAGUCGAGAUGGCGCGCAAACGAAUACCGACGAAUUUCCGCUGGCUCACAAUGUUUACCUUGCGUCAGGCGGCGAGGACGGGAAAGUUCGAAUAUGGAAUUUGGCUUCGCGGAAAUCAGUUGCUCUUCUUGACUCGCACGUCAGCGUGGUUAGAAGUAUCGACUACUCGGAGAACCAACAGCUCUUGCUUUCGGCCAGUCGGGAUAGAACAAUCAUCUUAUGGGACACGAAGACCUGGAAACAACGUAAGGUCUUACCCGCACUAGAGGUGCUAGAGACCGCUGGUUUCAUAAGUGAUGGCAGAUACUGCUUUACAGGAGGAGAGCAUGGCCUGGUCCGAGUGUGGGAUGUUGUCGCCGGACGAGAAGUUACACCGAAACAGAAACCCGGCCUCGAGAAUGAUGCUAUUACUGCAAUUGUCAGCGUACCAAGUGACGACGCGCUUCUUUCAAUGCAUCAGGACCAGACCAUAAGGUUUCGGAGCAUUCUUCAACUUCGUGAUUUGAAGGCGUUGCAAUCUCUAGAAGCUCUACCACUGCUCCGGACAAUGGCAGGCAACUAUGAUGAAGUCAUUGAUAUGGCUUGCGUUGGGCCCGACAGAUCGCUCCUAGCACUUGCUACGAACACUGAGAGCGUCCGACUGGUGUCAAUUGCAGAAGACAACAGCAAAUCAUCAUCGUUUGGAGCCGAUGUCACCCUGCUCGAAGGACACGAGGAUAUCAUAAUCUGUCUGGAUGUCGACUGGUCUGGCCAUUGGCUGGCAACGGGUGCAAAGGAUAACACCGCAAAACUCUGGCGAUUAGAUCCUGCAUCCGCAUCUUAUACCUGUUUCGCGACUUUUGCAGGACACGCUGAAUCACUAGGUGCCAUCGCCCUACCUAGAAGCCCUCCUCAAGAUAGUGCUGCGUCCAAGAACCCCUCUGAGCAUCCUCCUGCAUUCCUGCUCACCGGCUCUCAAGACAAAACUGUCAAGCGCUGGGAUACUUCUCGGCUUAAGUACACCCCUUCUAUGUCCGAGCCUCACGCCGGCACAAAAGCUCUCUUCACUCGAGUCGCACACGAAAAGGAUAUUAACGCACUUGACGUAUCUCCUAAUGCACCCCUUUUUGCCUCGGCUUCACAAGACCGCACCAUCAAAAUUUGGUCGCUUGAGGACGGUUCUGUCACCGGCAUACUCCGCGGUCACAAACGUGGCGUCUGGUCAAUUCGUUUCUCUCCUGCCAGCACACCACCACUUUCCUCUGAUUCCGGCUCUAGCGGCUCUCGCGGCCUCCUCGUCUCGGGUUCUGGCGAUCGAACUGUCAAAAUCUGGUCCCUAUCUACGUACACCUGUCUACAAACAUUCGAAGGGCAUAGCAACUCCGUACUCAAAGUUCUGUGGUUGCCAUCUACGACACCGUCCUCAGAAUCCGAGGCCAAGGCGCACCACGAGCAACCCAUGAAGAAUCAACCAUUGAUCGCGUCUGCCUCCGCCGACACUCUCGUCAAACUCUGGUCCCCUUACUCACCCUCCGACUCCGAUCACCUCCUGGCAACAUUAGACAACCAUACUGACCGCGUCUGGGCACUUACCGCUCCCAAUGCUUACAACACCCCAUCGUCUUCGAAACGCAAACCAUAUCCUUAUCCUCUCGUCUCCGGCGCCGCCGACGCAACUCUGACGUUCUGGCGUGACACUACCGUGGAGACCGCGACUCUCGCUUCGCAGCGUGCGAGUCAGCGCAUUGAACAAGACCAAGAACUCCAGAACCACAUUCACGCCAAAAAUUACCGUGAAGCCAUCACCCUCUCGCUCGCCCUCAACCAUCCGGGCCGUCUCCUUCGCGUGUUUGAAGAUGUCGUGACGCUACCCGAUGCAGAGAAGGAGCCAGACAGCAUCACCGGCCUGCGGGCCGUAGACGAAGUGCUCGCCACUUUGGACCAGCGACAAAUAUAUACCCUCCUGGAGCGUGUGCGUGACUGGAACACGAAUGCACGAACCGCGACGGUCGCGCAAACCGUCUUGAAUUGCCUGUUCCGUAGUUAUCCAGCGACUAUGUUUGUGGACAUGGCUAAGGAUCGCAGUUUGUCUUCAGGCCCUGCCAGAAAAGGCAAAGGCGGCGGCAGCAUGAAAGAUCUACUUCGCGCUUUGGAGGUCUAUACUGAGCGACACUAUAAACGGAUGGAAGAAUUAGUGGACGAGAGCUAUUUGAUCGAGUACACUUUACGCGAGAUGGAUGAGAUUGCAGGCAUUGCUAGCGGGAUUGAAGGCAUUUUGGCGAAUGGACACGGGCGUACAAAACAGGUUCAGGAGGAGGAUGUUUUGAUGCUUGAAUAA